AUGGACAGCGUUUAUGCCUGUGGAGGUUAUCCACUGCGAUAUCCCAACGAAGUGAAUAGAGGUGUCACCGAACAUGAGCAAAUUGACCAUAUGUCUUAUUUGAAAAAUGUCCUGGAAGGACAACACCCUCCGACUUCUAAUCCAUCUGCGGACGACGUUGCAAUCUUCAAGAAGCUGAAGACCUACUAUUCGACAUGCAUGAACACCGAGGCGAUUAAAAAGACUACAGAUUCUCUCGAGACUAUAACCGAUCACAUCAAGACUCUAUUCCCCGUUAGCCGAGACGAAUUGUGGUCCAAUGUCACAUGUUCGCCAUCUGAUUAUCCACAAUUGGUAGACCUACAAGUUUAUCUGAACGACCUACAGAUUGAUCUCUUUGUCUCUUACGAGGUACCUAUACUAGACGCUAAACCUGAGAACAUCGUGCCUCGUGUCAAAUCAUCCGUCUGGACGCAGAAAAUGGGAUAUCAAGAUGCCACUUUUCGGACACUAUCAGAGCAACUGAACAAGUACUUCUCGCCAGAUGGUCACUUGUCCCAAAAGGUCAUUAAAGAUGCCAUGGCUCUAGGAGCCAGCAUCGAGAAGAUUGUGAGCACCAAGAUCAAUGCCAUCCCAAAUGACCAUGCUACUUCAAUCAAUGAAACAAAUGCAUUGGUUCCAUUGCUCUCGAUCCCCGAUGUCUUGGGUAAGCUCGCACCUGCUGGCCAUGAGCUUAGCCAGGUGAUGAUCGACACAUAUGAAAUGUCCGCCUUGUCCAGAUUAUUGAUGGCUGCUCCAAAGUCAGUUGUGCAGGCUUAUGCGCUUCUCAGGACGAUUGAGAAUAUCGCAUGGAUAACACAUGUCAGUGAUAAAAACCAGGACCGCUGGGGGGCCUAUUGCUACACGCACGUCACUCAGACCUUGCCGUGGGCUGCCAGCAAGUUCUACAUCGAGGCUUAUCUCAAUCCAGACUCAACUCAUCCUAUAUUAGAGAUUGUUGAAGAUGUGAUGUCUACGCUCAUUGAGCGACUCGACCAUGUCGAGUGGAUGACUGAUGCGACCAAAGCACUCGCCAAGGACAAGGCGAAAUUGAUGAAGGCCAACCUUCUCCAUCCCAGUGAGUCUCCCAACGUGAUUAAUGGAACCGACCUUGUUGCCUACUACCGCGAUCUCGAGUUUGGGCCCUCUCAUUUCGACAAUGUCCUCGCCACGCUGCGGUGGGAAAACAGGCGGCAUUGGAACCGACUUGUUCAACCAACAACCCCCGUUGAUUGGGCAUUUGCGGCUUACGAGACCAACGCCUACUACAACCCCUUCAACAACCAGUUCUACAUUACCGCGGGCAUCGUCCAGGAGCCCUUUUUUGGUGCCUCGCUGCCAAAGUAUGUCAACUACGGAACCCUGGGGGUCCUGGCUAGCCACGAAAUGACCCACGCCUUCGACCCGACUGGUUUAUUGCUCGACGGUCACGGCGUCCUUACCACCGACGCGCUCCGCUGGGACGACGAGACGCUCACUGCCUACGACAAGCGCCUGUCGUGCCUCCGCGACCAGUUCAACAAGUACGAACUCCACGAGGAUACCCCGAACCCCGGCCGCGUGGUUGUCAACCCAAAGACGUCGAAACCUUUCCGGAUUGACAAGGCCAGAACGAACCGAGAGAACUGCGCCGACAAUGGCGCCGUAGCUAACAGCUACGCUGCUUGGACUAAACACAAGGAUCGCGAGCCCGAGAAGAAUCAGAAGCUGCCGCACUUGGAACAUUUCUCGGCCGAACAACUUUUCUUCGUCUCAGCGGCCCAAAUCUUUUGUCACAACCAUAAUGCAGAGGGCAUUCUCCGCUUUGCAAAUGACGCUCAUGCACCCGAUGAAGCACGAAUCCGUGCCAUGGCAGAGAAUUCAAAGGAAUUCAGAAAUGCCUUUCAUUGCAAGAAUAAGGAGCCAGUUUGUCGGGUCUGGUGA